UAUUGAACACAUCUCAGAAUAAUCAGCAUGCCCAAUAAUUCAAGACUCAAGUCUGCACGCACCAAACCUGCUCGAAGGAAGAAGAAGAAAGGUGCAAAUACUCCGGAACGUGAGCGGCAGCUUGCCGACCAGGACGAUUACAGCACAUCGACCUUUGGCUCACCAAACUCAGAGUCACCAGACAACAGGCUUCGAGAGGCUAAAUCUACCAGAAACCGCCGGCGACUUAUUCCAGAGCCCACAGGUGAGCCAGGUCGCGGAGGAGACAAAGGAUACAACCUACAGAAGGAGCUCCUGCUGGAAGAUAACUCAGAUCGCUACAACCGCCUCAGAGUACGUACCACACAGAUUAUAUGCAGCAUAUUUCAACUAUCCUGCUGCAGCUCUCUGUUAGAAAGCGCGCUCCGCAAUAUCUGGACAUGACAAAAACACUUAGCAGGCAGCCCAAGCUCAAGCUAGCGCAUUUUGUCCAGAAGGUAAGGUUCUUC